AUGGAGUCCUACACAAAGCUAGUUAUUGUAGCUCUAGUUCUGGUUGCAACUAUUGUGACUGAACCGAUGACUACAAAUGGUUUCUCCAUAUGUGGGGUGACCACCGAUGGCCUAAAGACCUGCCAGCCGGCGGUGGCAAAAGGUGUGGACCCUCUUCCACUACCAACACCCGAGUGUUGUGCUGCCCUCACUAAAGCUGAUAUGCCAUGUCUCUGCAAGUUGAAAGACUCAAGCUUGUUGCCUAUUUACGAAAUUGACCCAACCCAUGCAAUGGAGCUACCUGCAAAAUGCAAAUUACCUCAAGCCACCUACCAUUGUUAG